AUGUGUUCGAAGAUAACAAAUACACCGAUUGGACUAAAACUAAGAGUGUUACAUCGUGUAAGAUUAGUAAUUGCGGCAAUAGUGAGGUUUUUCUUUUGUUUGUAUUAUGGCACUGAAGGGAAAAAGUUGCCGCCUAUACAAGAUGAUAUCCUCAAACUGCCUGCAGUUGAAGUUGCGAGGAAAAUUAGACAAAUGGAGAUAUCAAGUGUAGAAAUAGUCGAAGCAUGCAUUCGACGUAUCAAAGAUGUUAACUCUGUGGUGAAUUGUUUCGUGGAGGAUCGUUUUACAAUGGCCCUUAAAGAGGCUAGAGAAGCCGAUGAACUUGUUCGUUCCGGGCAGAUGAACACAAAGCAGUUGGCACAAGAGAAGCCUUUUCUAGGCGUUCCCUUUACUACUAAAGAUUGUAUCGCAGUGAAAGGCCUACAUCAGACAUCGGGCGUCGUAUUGCGUAAGGAUUUCAUCGCCGAAGAAGAUGCUGACGUCAUAAAGCGAUUGCGAGACAAAGGAGCCAUCAUUAUUGGACUUACAAACGUUCCUGAACUCUGCAUGUGGUGGGAGACUCACAAUCAUAUACACGGAAGAACUAAAAAUCCUUAUAAUACUACAAGAAUAGUUGGUGGGUCAUCAGGAGGCGAAGGUUGCAUGCAAGCUGUCGCAGGCAGUAUAUUUGGAAUUGGUUCGGAUAUUGGAGGUUCUAUCAGGAUGCCGGCAUAUUUCAAUGGCAUUUUCGGACACAAGCCAUCUAGGAAUAUAGUUUCAAAUAAAGGGCAAUAUCCAGCACCCAAAUCUGAAUUGCAUAACUCUUUCUUGGGUAUUGGUCCCAUGACGCGACACGCGGUCGAUUUGGAGCCUCUUUUAGAAAUAAUGGCUGGAGAAAAUUGCACAAAACUUAAUUUAAAUCAGAAAGUUGACAUUGAAAAGCUCAAAGUUUUCUACCAAUACAGCAACGAAGCUCCCCUAACGGAUCCCGUCGAUCCUGAAAUUAUUGGAGCAAUGAAAAAAGUAGUGGAGUUCCUUCAUGUUAAAUAUAAAGUACAACCCGAAGAAAUAAAGAUCGAUCAAUUAAAGAAAUCUGUGCCUAUCUGGUUCGCGACGAUGAAACAGGAGAAAAAGUUUGGGCAUUUUAUAAUGGAAUCUGAUAGUGUAUCAUCUAUUUUGAAGGAAAUUUUUAAAAAUAUCAUUGGAUGCUCUGGAAAUACCUUUAUUGGUCUUAUUACAGCAUUGUUUGACUACAGCGGGACCCAAUUUGGUAGUGAGAAAUACAAACACUUCCUAAAAAAACGCGACGAUUUGGAAAAAACUUUUAAAGAUAUUCUUGGCGACAAUGGUGUUCUCUUGUAUCCUACACACCCAACUACAGCUCCAUAUCAUAAUGAACCCUUGGUAAAAGCAAUGAAUUUUUGCUAUACUGCCAUUAUUAACUGCCUUGGUUUACCAUCAACCACCGUACCUCUGGGGCUCAGUAAAGAAGGUCUACCAAUCGGAAUACAAGUGAUAGCUAAUCAUAAUAAUGAUAGAUUGUGCUUAGCUGUAGCUAAAGAACUUGACAACGCAUUUGGAGGAUGGAUAGAACCUGGAAAGAUCUAA